UUUCCAGGGCACUAUAUCGAGAUGCCGAUAUAUUCCUCCUGGAUGAUCCAUUAAGCGCUGUUGAUGUUCCAGUAGCAAAACAUAUAUUCGAAAAAUGUAUAAUGGAAUAUUUGAAAGAAAAGAUUUGUAUUCUUGUUACACAUCAAAUACAAUUUUUAAACUCUGCGAGUAAAAUUUUAGUGUUAAAUAAGGGAACAUGUGAAUAUUUUGGCAAUUACACUGAAAUGAUGAAUCGAAAUAUACUUACAAAUAUUUCGUCAGAUCAAAAAACUAUUGAAAAUAGCAUGGAAGUAGAAACAACAAUUUUCAACAAUGAAGACAAAAUUGAAAGUAUUCAAUCUCAAAUUUGUGAUGAUAUUGAAGAUCGUAACAACAUAGUAAAUGAAAACAACAAAAUAUUAAAUGAAGACGAAAGACUUGAAACAGUGAGAAUUUCAGUUUAUAAAGAAUAUGUAAAUGCUGGAGCCGACAUCUUUAUGAAAAUUACUAUAUUAGUAACGCUAUUUGUAUCACAAUCUAUUAUAUGUGGCAGCGACUAUUGGCUAAUCAAAUGGUUGACAGAUACAAGAAUUCACAGCCAAGAUAUAGAGAAACUUAAAAAUGUAACAUCUGACACAACAAUAUUUAGCAAUAAUGAAGAAACAAAUUUCUAUCAAAGUGAAGCGUUCAAUAUAUAUGUUUACUUUGGAUGGAUAUGUGCAGUAGUACUAACCUCAUUACUGUCUGGAUUAUUGUUAUACAAAUUCUUUACAACAGCAUCUAUCAAGCUCCAUAGAAACAUGUUGCAUUGUAUUACUCGAACUCCAAUAUCAUUUCUAGAUAACAAUCCCAUUGGUAAUAUCUUAAAUCGGUUUUCCAAAGAUGUUAACAUGAUGGAUGAUACCUUACCUCUCUUUUAUUACAUUACGAUAAGGGGAUGCUGUCUACUUGUUGGCAUCUUUCUUGUUCAAGCAUUUCUGUGUCCUUAUCUUCUGAUUUCGACAUUUGUUUUUUUAGUAUUAAUUUAUGUUCUGUGGAAAAUCUACAGCCAACUUUUGCAAAGCAUAAAGUAUAUGGAAGGAAAAUCGAGAAGUCCAGUAUUUUCUCAUCUGAGUGUAUCUCUUUAUGGACUAACAACAAUUAGAGCCUUUAAAGCUGAAAGUAAAUUUAAAUCCACAUUUAAUAAGUAUCAGGAUAAUCACACUGCAACGUGGUUCAUUUAUGAGGCUUUAAGUCAAUGGCUUUAUAUAUAUGGUGGUUUAAUUCCUGUUAUAAAUCUGAUUGCUACUAUCAUUAUUUUCAAUUAUUCUAUUGAAGCAGCAUCAGAUGAUGCCGGAAGUCAAAUUGGACUUGUUAUUAAUUAUGGAUUAUUUACAUUUAAGUAUCUUCAACAUCUUAUUGGAAUGACAUCUGAAGCGGAAUUUCAGGUAUUCUGUAUUUCAAAAACCCAAUAAUUAAGUUAAAUAUUAAAACGAUCUGCUGGGUGUUUUAUCAGGCUAUAUGAUAUAAUUUGAACCAGAUAAACUUGUUGCCAAAAAAGGUCAAACAUAAAUACCCAUAUUUUUUCACUAAAUUAUUAGAUAACGUAAACUUUGAUAUAGAAAUUUGACAGCUUGAGUCAAAUUCAAAACGAGACGAGACGUGAUUGAAUUUUCAUAAACCGUUUAUAUUACGAGUAAAACCAAGAUACAGUUACAAAAGUUCACAAAAUAAAACAAUUACAAUACUUCAAGUGUAACAGAGUUCAAACAUCACGUAAAUCACGACAACAGGUCUGUCGAAAAAAACACCUUGCGACGAACUUCUUCCCCCGAGGAAAGGUCCUUAACAAGUCGGUGAGCCGAAACAACUCCUUCAGAAAGUCCGAUGAAACUCUUAAUAAUGGACUACGAUGUGCUUUUGCUGACUUCUGGUCAACACGAGUUCUAUUAGCAGGUUGUAGGCGAAAUCUUAAAAUCUCGCUCAAACUUAGUUUUUAUAUACGGAUUGGAGCAUAGGGAAAUCCAUCAAUCAGCACCUAGUAGCUCUAU